AAAUCACCUGGCUGACAUAUCAACGUAAAUUUUGAUAUGUGAUUUAAACACCAUCGACGAAGAAGCUAUUUUGGCAAUUUCGUUGACUUUAACCAACGAAAACAUUUCGAUUCGUUAGCUUUCCGUGUUUCGUUCUCGCCUCGACCACAGAACGCGGAAUUAGUGAUUUGUCAUUUUUUGUUAUUGAUUUUGGGAUAUUUUAAAUGAACCUUUUUCGCCUGGCACGCGAAUAAAACGGGAGAAAAAUGGGGUUUUAUGACUUCAUAAAUUUCGUAGUAUACGAUAAUCCACUGUCGAAGUCGGUCACGUCCAUGGUCAUAGGCAAAAAGGGCGUCGUACCAAUACCCAAUGUAACAGUAAUCACCGAAAAAUCGCCCCUAUGGAAGUUGGCCCGCGAGGGGGGCCCAUUUGUGAGGAUCGCAGCCUUAAUGGGGGCGUCCGCUGUGGCGCUGGGUGCUUAUGGCGCCCAUCGGACGUACGCCAAAGAUAAAGAGGCCGAACUCAAGCAGCUAUUCGAAACGGCAAAUAGGUACCAUUUCUUCCACAGUUUGGCGCUUUUCGCGGUACCGCUGUGCAGGAACCCGAAAAUUGCUGGUACCCUUAUCAUUUCCGGUACGGUUCUUUUUUCCGGCACCAUUUAUUACCACGCCUUUACCGGCGAGAACAAAUUCGGAAAGUUGACGCCCUUCGGGGGCACAAUUUUAAUUUUAGGCUGGCUGUCGAUGGUUAUAACUUCGACCCAGAUGGUACUGUAAAUGCAAACCCCUAGUCUCCGAGCCUCAGGUUGUUGAAAUUUUUGUGUACAUACACGUAAUAUGCUAAGUUAUU